UCCCCGGCCCCGGCGCGGCGCCUGCUUCCGGCGACGCGGAGGGCCGGCGGGGAGUUUCAGUGGGGCCUCUGGUCAUGGCCUCGCUACGCACUGCCAACCCCCGACUGAGGAACUACUUCAAGGAGAACUACAUUCCUCAGGUCUGCGAGGCUCUGUUAUGCGGCCUACUUAUUACGUGUCCUGAGGAUCCGCUGAAAUAUUUACAGAAAAUGAUCAUUACUAUCAUGGAAAAUGGUCUUGAAAGUCUUCUCUGGGAUAUGUGCAUCGAUCCAUCAAUGAGGCCAAAAAUUCGAAGAUUGUCUGAAACUUACAUGGAGCAGCUCUUUGGACUGGAUGAUCAGCUGAUGACUCCGGAAUUGAUGAUAAAAGCAUGCACUUUUUAUACUGGACAUUUAGUAAAGACCCACUUUUGCACAUGGAGAGACAUAGCAAUACCUCUUAUAAAUGAAGAUGAACUUCUGGCUGAAAAGAUGGAAAAAGCGAGGGAAUAUGACAAUUUCAGACUUCAAAAAUACUUCUUUCGUCUCUGGCACUCUUAUACAGAAGGUCAAAAAAAACUACUUACAGUCACACUAGUGCGGAUACGGACGAUGUGCCGCCGUUACAAGCUACUGGCUAUCCUAACCAGGUGGCGGGAUGAAGUUCAACAUAAGUAUAAGAAGAGAGAAGAGGAGCUGAUAUUAAAACAUGAACUUCAGUUGCUGAAAUGGAGAAGCAGGUUAAAACGCAACGUCAUUGCUAAGGAAGAAUUCCUAUUUCCUGAACACAGUGCGUCUGAAGUCUUUCUUAGAAGCGAGGUUCCUGAAUGUGACAUUUCGCUGUUCCCCGAAAGAGUGAUCUCACGGAUUUUCGCCUACCUCACUUUAAGAGAUAUAAUAAUAUGUGGUCAAGUUUGUCACUCCUGGAUGCUGAUGACACAAGGAAGCUCAUUAUGGAAUAGUAUUGAUUUUUCUGCAGUAAAAAAUAUAAUAACAGAUAAAUAUAUAGCGUCAACUUUGCAAAGGUGGCGUCUAAAUGUGCUGCGUUUGAAUUUUCGUGGUUGUGUUCUCCGACUGAAAACCUUGAGAUCUGUCAGCCUCUGUAGAAAUCUGCAAGAGCUGAACGUCUCUGACUGUCCAACACUCACAGAUGAAUCAAUGAGAUACAUCUCUGAGGGCUGUCCUGGGGUCCUGUACCUCAAUCUAUCUAACACCACCAUCACAAACAGGACAAUGCGAAUCCUGCCCAGGUACUUUCAGAAUUUACAGAAUCUUAGUUUGGCUUAUUGCAGAAAGUUCACAGACAAAGGUUUACGAUACCUGAAUUUGGGGAAUGGAUGCCACAAGCUCAUGUAUUUGGACCUUUCCGGCUGCACCCAGAUUUCAGUCCAGGGCUUCAGGAACAUUGCAAACAGCUGCACUGGAAUUAUGCAUCUGACCAUCAACGACAUGCCGACGCUAACGGACAACUGUGUAAAAGCUUUAGUUGAAAAGUGCCCUCAUAUUACAUCAAUAGUGUUCAUUGGUGCUCCUCAUAUCUCCGACUGUGCUUUUAAAGCUCUUUCUACUUGUAAGCUCAGAAAGAUCCGAUUUGAAGGAAAUAAAAGGAUUACUGAUGCAUGCUUCAAAUUUAUAGACAAGAAUUAUCCAAAUAUCAAUCACAUUUACAUGGCAGACUGCAAGAGAAUAACAAAUGGGAGCCUUAAGUCACUUUCACCUUUGAAGCAACUGACUGUGUUGAAUUUGGCAAAUUGUAUAAGAAUUGGUGAUAUGGGACUAAAGCAAUUUCUUGAUGGUCCUGUGAGCAUAAGGAUAAGAGAGCUAAAUUUAAGUAACUGUAUCCACCUGAGUGAUGUCUCUAUUGUGAAACUAUCAGAGCGCUGCCCUAAUUUAAACUACUUGAGUUUACGAAAUUGUGAAUAUUUGACUGACCUAGGAAUUGAAUAUAUGGUAAACAUCUUUUCCUUGCUGUCAGUAGAUCUCUCUGGAACACACAUCUCUAACGAGGGUUUGAUGAUACUUUCCAGACAUAAAAAAUUAAAGGAACUUUCUCUAUCUGAGUGUUAUAAAAUCACCGAUGUCGGAAUUACGGCAUUCUGCAAAGGCUCACUGAUCUUAGAACAUUUGGAUGUCUCUUAUUGCCCCCAGCUGACAGAUGAGAUUAUUAAAGCAUUGGCCAUUUAUUGCAUUUGCCUCACAUCUCUCAGCAUCGCUGGCUGUCCAAAGAUUACAGACUCAGCGAUGGAGGUGUUAUCAGCAAAAUGCCAUUACUUGCAUAUUUUGGAUAUUUCUGGUUGUAUCCUGCUUACUGACCAAAUGCUUGAGGACCUUCAGAGAGGCUGCAAACAACUUCGAAUCCUUAAGAUGCAAUACUGCAGGUGUAUUUCCAAGGAGGCAGCGAAGAGAAUGUCGUCUAUAGUUCAGCAGCAGGAAUAUAACCCUAGUGACCCUCCGUUUUGGUUUGGCUAUGAUUAUGAAGGCAAGCCCCUUAAAAAACAAAACGAGGAAACACCACUUAAAGGAGAUGAAGAAGUCAUACUGACAGAGUCAACACACAAUAGUGAAGAGGAACUAGCAUGACCUUCAGCCUCAAGCAGGAGGAAGAAAAAAAAUCUAGAACUUGAUAACUUCAUCUGAUACAAGUAUUUUUACCAGCGGGAUCGCAACAGUGUAAAUAAGCAGCAAACCAUCUCCUGAUUUUUAGUCCA